CCGUGCUGCCUGUCCUCCCGCAGAGGCUCUCAGUGCGCCCCUCGCCUUCCUGCCCUCCUGCCCGCCUGCCUGCCUGCAGCCACCAUGGCCACCUCCUCUGCGCGGCCUGCGGUGCUUGUCCUGACCGGACUGGCGCUGCUGCUGCUGCUGUGCUUGGGCCCAGGUGGCAUAAGUGGAAAUAAACUCAAGCUAAUGCUUCAAAAACGAGAAGUUUCAGCACCUGCUCCAGCUAAGGCUAAAGUGGCUGUCCAUGAGAGCAAAGCCAAGGAAUUCCUCACCAGCCUGAAGCGCCAGAAGAGGCAGCUGUGGGACCGGAGCCGGCCCGAGGUGCAGCAGUGGUACCAGCAGUUCCUCUACAUGGGCUUCGACGAGGCGAAAUUUGAAGAUGACGUCACCUAUUGGCUUAACAGAGAUCGCAAUGGGCACGAGUACUAUGGGGAUUACUACCAACGUCACUAUGACGAAGAUGCUGCAAUUGGUCCCCGGAGCCCUUACUCCUUUCGGCACGGAGCCAGCGUCAACUAUGACGACUACUAACCACGACUAGCCCUGUGGUUUACAAGAAACCACAGUAUUCCCUUCAUGUAUCCCCUAAUGCCUUACACUAUUUGGUUUCUGUUUUGCUUUAUUUCAGCAGAUCUUUUCUACCUACUUUGUGUAACCAGAGAGUUAAAGCAAGAUAU